AUGCCAUUGAAUAUUAUUGGAACGGCGCUACUGGAUGGUACCGAUAAAAUACCCUAUUUUCAAGAGAUAAAGAAGGUGGCUCCAUAUGCUUUAGCCGGUGCUGCUGUGAAGUACUGGUCCCGUGGACCAUCCAACAACUGGGAGCGUAAAUUACAUGGUAAAGUUUAUAUAGUAACUGGUGCCACUAGCCAAGGUAUGGGUACUUCUGUGGUACUUGAAAUGGCACGAUUAGGAGCCCAAUUGAUUAUUUUAUGUAGGGAUGUGGAUGAAUGGACCACUGAUUGGUGUGAAGAUUUGAGAGAGCGUACACAAAACGAACUAAUCUUUGUCGAACAAUGUGAUUUAAGUGAUUUGUAUGAAGUUAGAAAGUUUGCUACCACUUGGCUCGAUAAUUCACCACCAAGGAGGUUGGAUGGUGUCGUUGCAUUAUCCGGUGAUAUGGAACCUUGGGGUAUCCCUAUGCUAUCUAGACCUAUUAGGCGGUCUUCUAAGGAUGGACUUGAAAUACAAAUGGCGGUAAACUUUGUUGGUCUUUUUCACCUUUUAGAUAUUCUUCAGCCUAGUUUUAAGGCCCAGCCACCUGAUAGAGAUGUAAGAAUUAUUGUGUCUACUUGUUGGCUGCAAUCUUUAGGUGAUAUUAAGUUGGAUGAUCCUCUAUGGCAAGAUGUGAAAUAUCAAAGCGCGUUAAAAUUCUUUGCCAGUAGUAAACUUCAAUUAGGUCUUUGUUUAGCAGAGCUACAAAGAAAAGUUGUUGAAGAUGUACAAUCACAGAAGAAAGCUGAAAAAUCGGGAAAAAAUGUGACGGUGACUCUAGUCCAACCUGGUACUAUGAGAUCAACUAGUUUGCGCCGUGUUAUUAGUAAUGGGUCGGUAUUUUUACUAUUGUUUUUAUACUGUGUUGUCUUGUAUCCAUUUCUUUGGUUUUUCACGAAGAGCGGUAACAGAGGUGCUCAAACUGUUUUAUAUGCACUGAUGACUCCUGAACUUGAAGAAGUGAAUUUGAAAGAUACCGAAAUCAAGUAUAUUUCCGAUUGCAGGCUUGUGAAGUUUGCCAGAAAGGAAUACCAAGAUAAGGCGCUCCAACAAAAUAUGUACAACAAGACCAAGGAUGCCAUCUUUGAACUGGAAAAAAAAUCUGCUGUAAAAAGAAACGCCGCUGAGAAAUCGAACAAUAAGGACAAAAAGAACACCAAAUCUACUUCCAAGGCCAAAAAGAGCAAAAAAGCAUAG